AUGAAGAAACCGAUUCCUAAAAUUAGGGUUUUUGGCCAGCGAUCAAUCGUCCCUUCUUUCCUGAAUCGCACCUCGAUUCCUGUGGAAGACUCUUCGGAAGAUCCGUCGAAGAAAGCAGAGAAGUGCGCUUCAUUUUCGGAGUUUCUCGAUAGCAAGCUCAACAAAUCAGUGCUUUUUAAACCCAGGAACAUAGAGGAAGGGCCAAGACCUUUUACUUCAUUGGUUAGCUCUAAAGAUCUGAGUCAACUCUCUCAGGGGUUUGAGAUAGAGAAAAAGGCGAGGGAGGAAACGAAAACUAACGAUGGUGGUCUUGAAAAGACAAUGCUUCAGCAGUUUAAGCCAAGUGAGACUCAGGCAAGUGAAGAAGUGAGUAGUAGGGAUAGUAUUGGUAAGGCGAGUCUUGAGCCGUUGGAUCAAGCCACUGCUGAAGAAAUCGAACUUUUGACUUCAUGCUUUACUGACAAUGAAGAAGAUAUCAUUGUGAAGGAUGAUAAAACAUCAAAGAAAAGAAAAGAUCCUUUUGAAGGUAUGGAGAGCAUGAACAGAACGGGAAGGCCUGUUAUAGUCUUUGGAGACAACUCGAAAGUAUCAAACCCAAUACAAAGGAAAAGAGAAAGAGAAAGAGAAAGCAACGACAGUAGUAAGAAGCAGAAACCCACAUACAACCACUAUGGAAAUGGGUCAGGAUGGUGGGACCGUGACAUGGAAGGUGUUGACACAGAAGAAGUUGGACAUAGUGAAGUGUGGGAAGGAGUUGGUUCGACCACGUUCGGAGACAUUGUUGAUUGGCACUAA